AUGUUGCCUAUUGGAUGUCAAUAUAUAAAUUUUAGUGGUGCAACAGAAGGUACAGUCAUACAAAUGUUUCAUGUUGUAACAAAAGAUAAUGGACUAUCAGAAUCAGGUACAGUUCCAUCAGGUCAACCGAUGCCUUAUUUUCGAUGUCAUAUAUUGAAUAAAUUUCUUCAAAUUAUACCAAUCGGAUACAUAGGUGAAUUUUUUCCAAGUGGACCUAUUAUGAAUAGUUACUUAAACAGGCCUGAUCUUAAUAGCAAAUCAUUAGUUCAACUUCCAGAUGAAUCUGGUAAAAGUUAUAGAACAGGUGAUUUAGCUCGAUUAAUACCUUCAACUAGUAAAAUUCAAUUAUUGGGUCGUAAUGAUUUUCAAGUGAAAGUAAAUGGACAACGGGUAGAAUUAGAAGAAAUUCAAGCAGUUAUUUAUCAAUCUAAUCCAUCAAUUUCUAACUGUGCUGUCGUUAAAGUAGUUGAACGUGGACGAGACCAUUUAAUUGCAUAUAUACAAUUAAAAAAAACAUCUAAAUCAGUUCCAUUUGAUGAAAAAUUAAUUCAUACUAGUUGUCAAGAUCAUUUACCACAAUUUAUGGUUCCAUCUCUUUUUAUUCUAGUUGAUCAAUUACCAUUUAAUUCUAAUGGAAAAUUAGAUAAAGCAGCACUUCCUAAACCUAAUCUAUCAUCAUUACUUUUACCAACACAUAAUGAUGAAAUUUCUAAUGAUCAAGACAAUGAAAUAUCAAUGACAAAUGAACAACAGCUUGUACAUGAUCUUUGGUGUGAUAUAUUACAAUUGGAUGUAGACUCAAAAAUACCUAUUAACCGUUCAUUUUUCUCAUUGGGUGGUAAUUCAUUAGCUAUACUGUGUCUCUUUGUGCAAUAUCAAAUAAAAUUUUCUCUUGAUACAACAUCUUCAUCAUUUAAUAUUUCUUCUUUAUUUCGUCAAUCAACUAUUGCUGAACAUACUCAAAUUCUUCAACAAUGGCUUAAUCAUACUUCUUCUCAAACUCAUCAACCAACUCAAUUAUGGUCAACUCUAAAUAUUUGUCAAGCUGAAGCAUCAUAUGGUCAACAACGUAUUUUUGUUGAUCAGACUAUUCGUUUUUCAAAUGAAACAUCUGUUUAUAAUGUUCCUUUAGUUUAUCGUAUGAUAUCUAAUUCGAAUGGUCAACAGAUUACAAUUGAUCGAUUACGUCAAGCUAUUGAUGGAAUUAUUGCUAAACAUGCUAUAUUUCGAACAUCAUUAGAUUGGAAUAUAAAUACAAAUGUUUUAGUUCAAUCUAUUUAA